UGUGUCCACCAUUCUUAUACUCUUCUUCUCUGAGUUCUCUCUUUCUCAGAAGCUGCAAAACCCAAAAAAAACAGAGCCGCAAGAGAGUGUGAGAGAUUGAAAAACUCUCUUUUCCGAGCAGCGUAUUCUCGUUCCGAUGAUUUUGGUUCUCCAGGAAACAUCACACUAGAAAGUUUUCGCCUGAGAUUCUGAGAAACCAUUUUGAGGAAACUGGAGAAGUGAGUAACUUUAAGAAAUAGAUGGCUGAAAACGGAGUCGUUCCAGGAGGUGGAGGGAGUAAUGUUAUGGUGGGCGUGAAGUUCGAUGAGUCGAGUCAUGAGCUGCUUGAUUGGGCUUUGGUCAAGGUUGCUGAACCGGGUGAUACUGUAAUCGCUCUUCAUAUUCUCGGCAAUGAGAUCGUUGAUCGAGCAGACAACUCUUCGCUUAUCUCUCUUAUUAAGAAUUUUGACUCUGUUCUUGAAGUCUAUGAAGGUUUCUGCAAAUUGAAACAGGUGCAGUUAAAGUUGAAAUUAACCCGGGGUUCUUCUUCUCGAAAGAUUCUACUUAGAGAAGCAAAAUUGUGUUCUGCAUCCAAAGUUGUAGUUGGAAUCUCUAGACGUUACCAUACAAUUCAUUCAUCUGUCUCCGUGGCUAAGUUCUUAGCCAGGAAAGUACCAAAAGAUUGCUGUGUUCUGGCUAUUGACAACGGGAAAGUCAUGUUUCAGAAAGAUGGUUCCCCAUCGAUCAUUUAUCACUCUAAAGGAAAAAGUGAUGCUCGUAGGAAAACUUUGUCUAGUUUCUUUCAGAUGCCUGCCACAAUGAGAAAGAAUACUAAAGUCGUAAACCAUUCCGAGGAGUACGAAGAAGAAGCGGAGGAGGAUCACUCCAAUGGCCAGAGUCUACGGCGCUCUUUAGUGUAUGCAUGCCUUGGGAAUUGCUCGGUUCGUGAUAUGAAUUCUCUGCCUUCUGGAUCUUCUAGUUCUGAUGGUGAUCAAGAUGAUAAUGCGGAUUUCCACAAGGCAAUGGCACUUGUGCCCGCAAAAUUUCCUGAAGAUUUGAACCGAUUUAUUACUAUGCUGGUAAAGGAACUGCCUGAAUUUAGACCAGGUUGGCCUUUGCUUUGUCGUGUAGAUUCUUCAGAUGUAUUAGCUUCUGCUCCGCGAAGUUCUUCGUUCAGAAAGAUACCAGUUGCCCAGUGGGUGCUGAAACUGCCCUCUAGGACCAAUUCUGUUGUUGGAGACACUAAGCAGAUUGGUUUUGAUUCUUCAGAAUCUGAAGAUGCUAAGCUUUUAUCUAGCUUAAACACUGAUAGUGGAGCAAUUGUUCCUGAUGAUAAUGAUUCUACGAUCCUGAAAUGUUCUCUUGAUUGUAGCUCUAGUAGAUUCCCAGAGGAUGUGGAGGAUCUUCGGGCGAGGGUACCCACAUCUUGCCAGUUUUUUAAGUACAAGGAACUUGUGUCAGUGACAUCCAAUUUUUGUUCUGAUAAUUUCAUUGGAAAAGGAGGCAACAGCCGGGUUUUUAGAGGUUAUCUGCCAAAUGGAAGAGAGGUUGCAGUCAAAAUUCUCAAGCAAACCGAAUGUGUCUUGAAGGAUUUUGUGGCAGAGAUUGACAUCAUCACAACCUUACACCAUAAGAACGUUAUUUCCCUCUUAGGUUAUUGCUUUGAAAAUCAUAACCUAUUACUGGUAUACAAUUAUCUCUCAAGAGGAAGCCUUGAAGAGAAUCUUCACGGCAACAAAAAGGAUCUAGUUGCAUUUCGUUGGAACGAGAGAUAUAAGGUGGCCCUGGGAAUAGCUGAGGCAUUGGACUAUCUGCAUAACAGUGCCCCACAACCUGUCAUUCACAGAGACGUUAAGUCAUCAAACAUACUAUUGUCUGAUGAUUUUGAGCCACAGCUUUCUGAUUUUGGGCUUGCAAAGUGGGCGUCGCAAUCUACAACUCAAAUAAUCUGCUCCGAUAUUGCAGGCACCUUUGGCUACUUAGCUCCAGAGUACUUUAUGUACGGCAAGAUGAAUAAUAAGAUAGAUGUCUAUGCAUACGGUGUUGUACUCCUUGAGCUUCUUUCGGGAAGAAAACCGGUUAAUAGUGAAUCUCCAAAGGCUCAAGAGAGUCUUAUUAUGUGGGCGAAGCCAAUUCUGGAUGAGAAAGAAUAUUAUCGACUAUUGGACCCAAGUUUGCAAGAAGAUAGCAAAGGUAACCACAUGGAGAGGAUGGCGUUAGCAGCAACUCUUUGUAUAAGACAUAACCCUCAAUCUAGGCCGGAAAUGGGAAUGGUAGUAAAGCUUCUUAAUGGUGACGCCGAGAUGCUAAAAUGGGCAAAGCUACAAGUCAGUAACCCUUUAGAGGAUUCAAAGGUACUCAAGGACGAGAAAUUGUGGAGGUCUAAUCUGCAGUCACAUCUCAACCUAGCAUUCCUCGACAUGGAAGAUGACUCUCUCUCAUUGGGAAGCAUCGAGCAAGGCAUCUCCGUGGAGAAUUAUCUUAAAGGCAGAACAAGCCGUUCAUCGAGCUUUGAUUGAGCCAGUAAUGUUCACUACAACAAAUCACAAUGGUCAAAACUUGCCAAGGUGAGAUGGUGAAGAAAAUGGGUGAGUGUAAAGUGUAGAUAUGAAAAGGCAUAUAUCUUUUCAUUUUGGAUGGGUCAUGGGGUGGUGGAUGAGAGGUGGAUUUGUGGGUUUUAUAGGCCCUCCUCCCUCCCUAUGUUGCAGCUAUCCAUUGUUUGGAGUGUCAACAUUGACAAGUAACUUUUAUUCCUUGAUCCAAAAUUCCUCUAAUGGAUCAAAGUGAAUUUUCUUGCAUGAUGCCCGAACGUGCCCGGUGUCUCAGACUCUCAAUGUCAUUAUCAAUAGAUAACAUUAUCUUUGUUGAAAUAAUAAUUGCGUUUAUUGUGUA